AUGGCCACUAAAUUCCAGAUAUUGGACCGCCCGAUUGAUGAUGUCCCUUCAAUCAAAGCAAUUUGUGUUGGAGCAGGAGUUUCUGGUAUUUUGACAGGCAUAAGACUGCCUCAACGAGUGCAAAAUUUAGAGUUGGUGAUAUACGAGAAAUCGCCAGAAUUGGGGGGGACAUGGCUUGAGAACACAUAUCCUGGAGGUAUGCACUGCCGAUAUAUACCAGCGGCCGCGUAUCAGUUAUCCUUCGAAAAUAAUACACAGUGGAGCUCAUACUAUGCUUCAGGCCCAGAGAUACUCGAAUAUUGGAAGAGAGUCGCUCAUAAAUAUGAUGUGUUCAAGUACAUGAAGUUCAACACCGAGGUCACUGAAGCACGGUGGAACGCAGACGAUGGCUUGUGGGCUGUUAAACUGAAAGAUACAAACUCAGGAAAAGAGUGGUCGGAUAGCGGAAACUUUUUGAUUAUUGGCACCGGUAUUCUUAAUAAGUUUGACUGGCCCAAUAUCCCAGGACUCCAUGACUUCAAAGGCCAUCUCGUUCAUACCGCGCGAUGGGACCAUUCAUACGAUUUCACAGACAAGAAAGUGGCACUCAUCGGCGGCGGCUCUUCCGGAAUCCAGAUUCUUCCAAAGAUCCAACCACUGGUAAAGCAUUGCGAUCAUUACAUGAAAGGCCGAACAUGGAUUGCGUACCGGAUCCCCGGCAAGGAAAUUUCGGGAAUGAACCCUGAUAACCUCGAAAACUUCCAGCACACAGAAGAAGAUCUCGCCAAGUGGCGCAAUGAUCCCGCGGCUUACCUCGACUUCAGAUGUGCCGUGGAAGAUAAUCUUAACUCAGCAUUUGACUUCAUAAGAAAUGGUACUGAGGUGCAAACAAAGGCAAGAAAGCUGUUUGAAGAUACCAUGAAAGAGAGGCUGUCAAAAAAACCUGAAGUAUUCGAGGCUUUAAGGCCCGAAUAUCCUCCUGGUUGUCGCAGGCUGACCCCUGGACCAGGUUAUCUAAAGGCAAUAUGCGAGGAUAACGUCAACUUCAUCAGUAUUCCUAUCGAAAGAGUUGUCGAGACUGGCAUCAUCGCCAGUGACGAAAUCCAACGAGAUGUCGAUGCUAUAAUCUGUGCUACUGGCUUCGACUACUCUUAUAAACCACGCAUCCCGACUUACGGACUUGGAGGCAAGAUCCUGAGUGAGGUCUGGGAAUCAAUCCCAGAGGCCUACCUGUCCAUGUGUCCUUCACAAAUGCCUAAUUACUUCUUAUACCUCGGCCCCAAUGGCGGGCCCGGCAAUGGAAGCACAAUCAUAUUCCUGGAAUUGGUAGCCGAAUACAUUUGCAAAGCGGUUCAUAAGGUGCAACGCGAAGGUUUGAAGUCUAUGGUUCCGAAGGACGAACCGAUAAAACAGUUCGGACAAUAUGUCGACAAGUACAUGGAGCUACUGACCGAGCUUUGCAUGCAGUGCCGUUCAUGGUUCAAGAGAGGACAAGAAGAAGGACGGGUUGUGGCUCUCUGGCCUGGAGGUAGCAUGGCUGCAAUCAAGGCCCUUCAACAUCCCAGGUGGGAGGAUUUCAACUAUACCUUGAAAGAAAAUACGGCGGUGAACAUGUGGAGCUGGUUUGGGAAUGGAACUACCAAAGCUCAACAGGAGAGGAGAAGCACAUCCGACUAUCUGCGGCAUGCAGAUGUCCCCCCGGUGCCUACGAAACGCCCUUCAACAGUGGCGGAGAUUGCUCUAGGAGCUGUCACGGAUUCUGUGGCUUGA